UCGACGUCGAGCCGUAAGUGUGUAUGUGGAACACUUACUUACCUUGAGCAUCGUCUUAGCAUGACCGUGUGAAAACGUUCCAUAGAUAAUACUACUCAUGGCGUGUGCUUGGACCUAACUGUGUCUAAAUCACGUGUGCUUGUCUUCACUGCUCUACGAGAAGACUGUUUCCGUACACCAACAUGCCAACUUUGCUUUUUAACUAGCUUCUUGUUCUAGUGUUAAUAAUCGACUUAUUACAACAACGAAGGUGUUCGUGCGGUGACAUUGUUUUUGCCUCAGUGUCAUUACGUCUAUGACAGUACACCCAUGUAAUUGAUUAAUCUGCAUGCAGGCAUGGCUUUCAGUGAGUCUGUACAAGACUUGCAUCAUGUACAUAGACCGACUGUUUAUAUAGCCAGUGUUGGUGUAGCAGGGCGUGGAGUCAUCCCAUAGUCAUAGCCAGUAGCCAGUCAAUCGGAGGUUGCAUGGUGCAAAUAGAAACUUCUGGCAACACAGAGUAUCUUCUGUUUACUGUGAUGUACAUACAGCGAUACCAGAACAUCUGCAUGUUUACAAGAAAACCACUACUUGCCAUUAUAUGUCAUAUCAGAAGAAGUAGAAUUUUAAAUGUAAAUAGUAAGUUUUAUAAUAAUAUCUAUUUUGGUUUCUAUGGCAACAGGCUGUCACAAAAAUAUUGUUUUUCCUUCCCGAUGGCCAUGUCUAAACGAAAACUGCAGCCAGAAAGAUAUAAUAUUGAAAAGAAAAGAGUUUUGGAAACAGUGACUGUUGGAAGAAGUACUAUCACAGGUGAGGGAAUAGAUCUAUUAGGCAGGUGUAUCUCUUCACGAACUGAAAGUGUACAACAUAAUUGUGGUUGUUUGGAACAGGCCCCACUUAAGCCAGCAGAGGACAGAUUGAAGUUCUCACAACCUGACCUGGUAUAUCCUAAACCUGUGAUCACUAGGGGUGUCUCACUUAUGUCUCAAAACAACAUGAAUAAAGAAGAAGUAGACAUUGAAACUGAAGGAAAUCGAAUCACAUGUGUUCAAGAGGAUACCCUGAAUCAUAGAGAAAGUUGUGAUGAUGGUGGUAUAAGUGGAAGUGCACAGGAUGUGGAUGUUAAUAUUGAAAGUAAUGAAAAUCAUAUGCAUGCUACACAGCUUGAACAGUGUGUCAAAAAUGUGGAGGUCCUGUAUUGCCAGCCUAGUGAAGUCGCACUAUUUGACCGAUCUGACCCUCAGUCUCAACAACCUGACCGGUCAGAUACAACACUUUCUGACCCUAAGUCUCAACAACCUGACCGGUCAGAUACAACACUUUCUGACCCUCAGUCUCAACAACCUGACCGGUCAGAUACAACACUUUCUGACCCUCAGUCUCAACAACCUGACCGGUCAGAUACAACACUUUCUGACCCUCAGUCUCAACAACCUGACCGGUCAGAUACAACACUUUCUGACCCUCAGUCUCAACAACCUGACCGGUCAGAUACAACACUUUCUGACCCUCAGUCUCAACAACCUGACCAGUCAGAUACAACACUUUCUGACCCUCAGUCUCAACAACCUGACCAGUCAGAUACAACACUUUCUGACCCUCAGUGUCGACAGUUUGCCCAGUCAGAUACGACACAACUUCACUUUCAGUCUCAACAAUCAGUCAGAUCAGACACAACUGUACCCCCCACAAAGGCUGACAUGGGAACAAGCAGGAAGACAAAACCAACAGUUUUACCAAAGCAUGUUCUUGAAAGGGUUGAACAGUUUGUAUCCAAGAAAUGUGACAGUGACAUAUCCUGGAUACAUCACGUUGUGAUGCUUCCUUCAGACACAUCACGUCUGGAUUCAGAGGCAGAGGAUGCAUGUUUAUUUGGAAAUUUAUUUUCUGAACAAGAAGAUGUCAAGACCAGAGAUCAAGCCAUGCAUGAGAAAAAAUCCUCUGUAGUUGGAAGUCAUGAAGAAUCUGGAGAAGUAGCAAAGGGGAAGGGAGACCGCCAGAUACCACGGAAACCCUCUCCCAACUACUUUGUUGCUGUGCAGAUAACAAACCCACAGAUCCACUCGGGACUGUCACAUGUCCAACAGGAAGUGAUGUCUGUCAACCACAAGAUGAAGGAGGUGAUGAUUAAAUUGCCAACUUUACAUAUUACUCUCAUGGUCAUGAGCUUGCAGACAGAGGAGGACAUUGCAAGAGCGAGGGCAGCACUGACUGAGAGUGGCUGUGAGCUGAGGGAGAGGUUCAAGACCCUGCCAGUCCUGGAGGUGGCAGGACUGGGAACGUUCCGGAAUCAGGUUGUGUUUGCCACGGUCUCACCUGGUGAUGCUCUUGAUGACCUCACCCACAUACACCAAUGUGUAAUAGACAAGAUGGCUGACCAUGAAGUAGUCUCCACAGAGACCAAAGGCCUGACUCCUCACAUCACCAUCAUGAAGAUGAGCAAGGUCAAGGCUGCUUUCAGAAGGUCAGUUGCCAAGAAAAUUGACCCAUCUUUAUACAGCCAGUUUAAGGAAAUGACGUUUGGCACAGAGACCGUACAGAGGCUGCAGCUAUGUGCAAUGUUGAAGCCCAAAGACACAUCUGGCUAUUACCAUGUAGCUCAUGAGGUGUACCUAGGACAAGGGGAAGUAACUGUUUCUGAGCUCAGUCGCUGUCUGGUCCAGUCAUCCAUUGUAUCAGCCUUAGAGAAAGUUAAGCUGGAUAGUGUCAUGUCUCAAAUGCAAGUAAAUUCACAGGACAGUAAAGGAAAACCAGAACAUAAGCCACAGAAAAAGAAACAAAAGAGUAAGAAGUCCAAAGAAGUGAAAAAGUAAAGCAGGCAUGGUUGUACUGUAUUAACACCAGGUAAAACUCAUCUGUCGAGUAGAGCCAAGAACUGUUUGCAUAAUAACCAUUCACUGUAAAAACUUGUGGACAUGCUUAAUGUUCAUACUCAGGGGUAACUAACCCUGACACUGCCAC